UUGAUGUGAUAGUAAUUGAUGUUAUUCCUUUGUUCCGAGAUUAAUCAGCAGGAAACGUUACAUCAAUGUUUUGGAAGCUGAUCUUUGAACGACGCAGUUGCGUUAAGAAAAAUGUACGAUAAACCGUUUUAAAAAUAUCGGUAUCGUGUUUAAUUUUCUAUUCGCCAAUGGCAAAAAAAUGGCAGGUCACGGUUACUAAUUUUCCCACUAUUAUUUUAGAUAGAAUGCAUUUGAUUCGGUAAAUGAGAUUGAUCGAGUGUUUCCCGCUCGAUCUUUAAUUAGUUAACAAUUUCCACCAGUUUCCUUUCUCUUCGUGAUACACGUGAGUCGCAAAGGGAAACACGUGAAUGGUCUACUGGGAAUUGGCAAGCAAGUCCGUGACCUCCUUUUAUACGUUUCAAACGUUUUAUUAAUUAUGGAAAAUGUUAAAUUGUUGGACAUGUGUACAAAAUUUCGCCUUAUUCCUCUGAGAGACAUUUCGUUACGUGGAGCCAAUUUUGUAACUUUCCUAACAUUUUAAUUUGCAAAUUAAAUCUGAAAAAUGUUUUCAGUGAUCGUUACGGUUGGCUGCCUCCCGCUUCUAGAAUUCAGCAUUCAGAGGGUUGAACGUGUAUCAUCAGAGGACCAAGUAUCAAGUCAUUCAACCAAAUGAAAUGAACUCGUCCUAGUCCAAGAUCUUAUACAAUCAUUAAUGAUUGCCAAUUGGCAUAAGUAAAUAGGAACACGUUGCGUCGCCGUUUUGAGCCAAUUCAUUUCCAGUUGCGCCAUAUUCUUUACACCAUAACUCAGUACGGUUGGAAUCCACGUGAUCGUUGAACGUAGACACGUGAAUAGCCUACUGAGCCUGAAGACCGUUUAGUCCAUGACCAGGUUCCACGGGUAGCGAUCCUUUUACCGGUACCGCUCCCCUUUCGAAGUAGCACGUUGCAACCAUGCAUACCUAUAGGUACAGGCACGUGUAUGCCCUAGUCGGCUGGUCGGCUCUGUGGCCCCAAUCUUGAGUCUUGCACAACGAUUACGCGCCUUUCCAAUCGUCCUUUCGCUUUUUCUCUUCAUCUCCCUUGCGAAGGACGUACUAAACGAUCUCUACCGUAAGGCAGUGUGCUCCUUGACAGCAUUGCACUCGUUUGCUCCACAUAUUUCAUAGAGAUAGUCGCGUGGAGUUAGCGAGACCGUUUGCACGUUUAAUUCCCGGUGUCCUGACAGAACUUCAUAGUGUUGAAUGAAAAGUAGAAGUCUGCGUGAGGAAUCUGUCUCGUUAUGCUUUGGAGGAAUCUUUCACGGUGAAGUAGUAACGUUCUGAAUCGUCACAAUCAGUCUUGUGGUCAGUCUGCUAGAUUUGAAUAUGCUGGCACUAAUGAGCGCUCCAAAGCCUGCUUUCCCGGAGAUUGACAAUGACAAGUUUGAGACCAUCAUGAAAAUAUCAAACAAAGACACGGUCGAGCAAAAGAAGGAUCGUUCCAAUAACGAUGCAGACCCUUCAAGAACCCUCCAGCUUUUACGAGUCAAAGGAUUUCCUCGGUUACUACCUGAAGGUAUCCAAGCGUUGGUCAGUUACUGCCGAUACCUGCAGGAAUUAUCAUUGUCCUAUUCGUUUGUCAGUGACGAAUUGCUGUUAGCCUUAAGUGCUGAGAAACAGGUGCAAUUAGAAACGCUACGAUUGGAAGCUCAUCCGGAGAUAAAACCGCUCCCUCGAGUCAGUGAUAAAGCCUGGUUUACGUUUUCCAGUAAUUUUCCAAACAUAAAUCUUGUACUAUUAUCUUAUAUGACAAACGAAGAUGAUCAGACGCCGCUGAUUGCACCGUACGUUCCUAUUACACACCUGUACUUUGGAGAAGCACCAUCUGAAGCAACUGUAUUAUGCAUUGCCGAUCAGUGUCCUCAAUUAGUCGAACUGGUGAUCGCUGCUUAUGGACCUGGUCUACUCGAUGAUGCAUUACUCUCUAUAGCUGAAGGAUGUCCACGUCUAAACGCCGUUGGUUUAGGCGAUUGUGAAAUCACUUGCUCAGGAUUGUUGGAAUUUGUUACACGAUGUGCGAAACGUUUACAAAUCCUGUACGUAUGGGAAACGUCGUUGGUCGAGGAUUCCGAGCUUGAUGUUACGAAAGUAUCAAAGAACGUAUCGUUACGCCUUGGUCGUACGUGGGUACCUGAAUAUAUACCGUUGUAUUAAAUAAAACAAGUAAUUCGAAGCAAUUUAUACAAGAUACAGUUGCAAAUAAUGGCCGGCAAUAGUUCGGGUACAUAGCAGAAAUGUGUGUGAGUAAUAAACUAGGCUUUAUAGAUAUUUCUUUUCUAUCUUUUGUAUAAAUCGUUUAUGUGAGUGAUUAUUGACUAUUGACUCGUAGAAUGGAUAUCAUAUACACAUUAUAGGUUUCCAAUAUUCUUAGGACUGCUGUAUUCUUUGAAGAACCAGAAAAAUUUAAGGUGAAAAAAGAUUGUACAUACAUAGAUUACCAUAUUGUAUUGAUAACAAGGAAACCACGUAAUUGCGUUUUGUUAAUUUGUAUUAUUUAUGUUGGUGUUCAAAUAACUUUAUGAAAAGGUCGAACUUCGAUGCCGUAAAAAUUAGAAAGAACGAAAAAUGCCUCGUAUCGUAAAAAUUGCUCGUAUCUGUUAAUACCAAAAAUAUAAACUUUAUUAGAUUAUAAUGGUAUCUUUUGCGUGUGAUGUAUAUAAAAUAAAAUAAUAUUACUACUUAUUUACCAACCGUCGCUCAUGAUAGAUAUGUAUAAUAUACAAUAAUUGAUAUAGUCUAUGAUGUUAUUGUAAUACAACAGAGUAUGUACAUUAUUUCUACAUUAUAACACAAUAAAUGAUUGGAUAUAUUUAAUAUUUAUAUCUAGUAACGUUAUCGCUUAAUGUUUUUCACGAUGAAACUUAUUGUUUUCUGUUUAAUUUACGUGAUUAUUUUUCUUUUCUCUUUUAUUAGCAUCCUGCUGAUGCUAUUCUAAUGAUGCGAGGCGCUCAGUCUUGUAUCCCAGCCGAUAAUCCAAUCUUCUGUCUUAGUAAGGCCGAUUAAAAAUUUUAUGUUCGAACAACUCACGUAUUUCAGUUUCGUUUAUGACAAAUUAUGUAUAUUAAUACAUAUAAGAAUCUGUACCGUUUCUUUUUUUGUAAAAUUUUAAUGUUAUAUAACAUAUCGAACAAAUGUUUUUACACUCCUUACGAGUAUCAUAACAUCUUCCAUUCUGAUUAUUCAUAAGGAAUAGCAGUUUUAAAAAAUAUAAUAAUAAUGACAAUAAAAGUUAACUUAUUAGAUAUAUAACAAUGGCAUAUACUUGUUACAUUAUCGAUUAGAAAAUGCAGUAUUCGUUAGAAUUCUUGAAGCAAUUGAUAAAUGAUAAGCGUACAUAAGGGUCUAAUUAAAAGCUUAAAGUAACAGAGCCCUUUGAACACGUUUACCGUACAUAUUAAAAUUAUACUAUCACUUUAGUAAUAUCAGUAUGAAUAUUUUAACAAGAAAUAUUGCAAAGACUUUUAGGAACACGUAGAAAAAUUAUUCUAAUGUAAAUGUAUGGCUUUUCUCCUUAAUUAUCUAUGCCGUUGCAAGCAUAGAAUCUAGGUUUCUUUCUUAAAUUAGAAAUUAUUUUUAAAAAGGGCUCAAAUACGUGUAAAGCAUUUCUAUAAACAAGAAAAAAAAAAUGUAAUUUUCAAUUUUAUUAUCAUUGCCCUGUUAACAAUCACUCUGCUCCUGAAUUGCACCGAUUUUUAUAAAUUUACUAUGUAAACACUACUGUUAAGUCUCAUUCAAUAUGAGCAUUUACAUUAUGAAAUAAUGUAGAAGACAAACGGAAUUUUUUUUUUUAAAUAAAAU